CCCGCCCGCCAGGGGGCGCCUCUCCCCGCGUCUGUGCCUCAGGAGCGGUGGCAGGAGGGCGUCAUGGCGGAGGCCGGGGACAGCGGCCGCUGGGAGGCCGGGCUGGGCCGCGCCGGUCCUGCGGGGCUGCUGCCGCUUCCCUGCGUCUUCCCGCCGGGAUCCACCGCCACCUCCCGGAACCUGCCCGCGCCCUGCGGCCCGCAGAGCUGCCGGGACCCCUUCGUGUGCCGCCGCGCUGGACGAGGCGACGAGGAGGGGGAUGAAGAAGAGGAGGAGGAGGAGGAGAAAGUGGUGCCAGCCGAAACCUCGCUGCUGAACAAGCUGAUCCGCACAUCCCUGGUGGAGUCCUACCACAACGUACAGAUCCUGCAGCGGGACCCCAGCUCCCCACUGUACUCCAUCAGAAGCUUCGAGGAGCUGCCCCUGAAAAAGGAGCUUUUACAGGGUGUUUACAUGAUGGACUUCAACAGACCAUCCAAAAUCCAGGAGACAGCUCUGCCGAUGAUGCUGGCGUACCCGCCCCAAAAUCUGAUUGCCCAGAGCCAGUCAGGGACAGGGAAAACAGCAGCUUUUGUCUUGGCCAUGCUGAGCAGAGCUAAUGCCACCGAGAAAUACCCACAGUGCCUCUGCUUGGCUCCCACCUACGAGCUGGCGCUGCAGAUCGGGUCUGUGAUCGAGGGCAUCGGGCGGUUUUGUGCCGACAUCAGGGUUGCGUAUGCGAUCCGGGGGAACCGAGUCCUUCAGGGCACUGUGAUAAAGGAGCAGAUCAUCAUCGGGACACCGGGAACGAUGCUGGAUUGGUGUUUCAAGCAGAAGGUUGUGGACCUGAAGAAGAUCAUUCUCUUCGUGCUGGAUGAAGCUGACAUCAUGAUCGACACACAGGGCCUCUCCAGUCAGAGCAUCCGCAUCCAGAGGGCUCUCCCCAAGAGCUGCCAGAUGCUGCUGUUCUCGGCCACCUUCAAGUCAACCGUGCGGGAGUUUGCUGAGAAAAUCGUCUCCAACCCCAUCAUGCUAAUGCUGCGGGAGAACGAGCUCACCCUCAGCAACAUCCGGCAGUUCUUCUUUGUGUGCAGGAGCAGGGAGGAGAGGUACGAAGCUCUCUGCAACAUCUAUGGUGGCAUCACCAUCGGACAGGCCAUGAUCUUCUGCCAGACACGGAAGAGUGCCGACUGGCUGGCAGUGGCCAUGUCCCAGGAGGGACACCAGGUUGCCAUGCUGACAUCAGACCUGACGGUUGCCCAUCGUGCCAACAUCAUCCAGCGCUUCCGCAGCGGGAAGGAGAAGGUCCUCAUCGCCACCAAUGUCUGCGCCAGAGGCAUCGAUGUGCAGCAGGUCACCAUUGUGGUGAACUUCGGCCUCCCCACCAACCAUCGGGGAGAGCCUGACUUUGAGACCUACCUCCACCGCAUCGGGCGCACGGGGCGCUUCGGGAAGAAGGGCAUCGCCUUCAGCAUGGUGGAGAGCCAGGACGUGGGGCUCGUGAAGAUGAUAGAGGAGCAUUUCCAGACCAAGAUCACGCAGCUGGACCCGGGCGACAUGGAUGAGAUCGAGAGGCUUGGAAGCUGAGUGAGGAAGACUCACCAGAUCCUAGUUUUGGUUCCUAACAAGGCAAAGUUGCUGUGAAAACAGUUCCCCAGUUCUCUUGGAAUUCCCUGAAGCUGUUUGGUUUUGUUGUGAUGUUUGAGAAGACAGUGCACUUACAGCCA